GCAGUGCGGAACCCUAAUCUUGAGCAGAGACGUCCAGCUUCGCGGCGGCAGCUCUCCUUUGCUGCUUUUGGCUCAAUGGCUCCUUAAAAGGUGCCGUAUCUAGCAGCGAAAGCUCAACAGGCGUCCUCAUCAACUGAGCGCAACUUAGUGAUGGAAGACGUUUUGCGAUAUCGAGUUGUUGGAUCAAGCUGAGACAUCUGUAAAGUCAGCCACCUCGGUUUGCAGGGAGGGGGCAGGGAUUUGAAUAGAGCUGCCCACAACGGCAUUGGCUUCCUGGAGUCGGGCUGGAGUCCCUCUGCAACAGUCAGCAGGCUGUUGUACAUUGUUCAGAUUGCUGGUCAAUAAGUGGACAACAGUCAGCUCAACUGGCUAGUAUACAGAACGUUCGUAACAGCGAAAAGAGCCCUGAUCAAUCUGCUGUAGUCUGAAUACUCCCUCCGUGGGUUUCAUGUCAGGUAAAUUGUAUUGGGGAAGAGCAAAAUUGACAAGAUGGUUCUUCAGGAGUCGUCUAGCAACUCUGCACUCAAGAGGGAGGUGACCUUUCGAGCAGGACCGGAAGGAAAUAGCAUGGGACCUGAUUGCAAGCUGGUCCUAACGGAGUCCUUGUCCAAACGUAGCCUGAAUCGUUCCAGCUCACGUAUGACAAGAACAACUGGCAACCUCGAGACUGAUCUGCCAAGACCCGGCCAGCCUACCGAUCUGGCUCACAUUCAGCGCCUCCAUGCACAGCUCCUGGGACGAGUGCAAGCUUUGGCAGACAUCGGAAAACUCCAACCCAAUGAGAUUCGGGAAAACGAGUACCUGAGGGCCUUCAGAUUGCGGCUCUGUAAGGUCGAGGAGGAGCUGGCACCUAAAGCGGAUGGUCCUAAACUAGACUGGAGACAAGAAGCCUUGACCAUGGCUGACGAACUCGAACGUACACAUGCGUUGGUCUGCCAACUGGAGCACCAACUGAAGAUUCUGCAGGAUCGCCUGCAGAACGCGCAAACUCAAGCCGCGGAACACGACGAGGAGCACCGGAUGGCGUUGCAGCAGGUGGCGUCGUACGAAAAAGAGAACGAGAAGCUGAAGAAGAUGGCCCCCGCCGCACCGAAGCUGUCUCAAUCUCAGACGCAAUUUUGGAGGGACUCGGCAACAGUCCGGACGGAGAGCCCCACCCCGGCGCCUUCGACUAGCCGACCUCAAACGGCAGAGCUGCCCGCUUCGGACCGGCGGCAGCUCGAGGACGCCAUCCGGCGGUACAAAAAGCUGAUGGAGGCCGAGUCUCAGAAGGCUCGGGAGGCCAGAGCCGCUCAUCUCGCCGUGGAAGCGGAGUUUCAGAAGUUCCGAGAGGCGGUUGGGAAGACUCAGGCGGCUGAAGAUCUGUGACAAGCUCUUUCAUCGUAAAGCCUUUGUUUGAUCGAGGGGAACACGAAAGUGUAAGCUGACUUAGAAAGAGGAUCCGACAUUGUGACAUUGACAUGGGCACUCUGAGUGCAGUGCACUUCGGCUACAGCCGCCUGUUUCGGCUGCUGUGAACAGCUUACGUCAUCUUCACUCUAAUCGAGACGGACCAGAAUCGGCUCAUCGGUCUCGGUUGAGUUGGAUUGUGU